AUGCUGGGCGAGGUUAAGAACCGGAAACAACAGCUGGCGUCCCUGGAUUCCGUAGAAGACGUUCCAGUUGACACCACAGAGCAUGCUGGUAAGUCGGCAACGGACUCUCCUCAUAUCUCCGUCACCCCAGGAAAACGCCUGGACCACCGCAUUCAUGUGGCUCCUCUCAACACCCCAUUACACCUGCGCUUGGAAACACUUGCCAUCAUUUGGCACACAAUUCUGAUUCCGUUCUUUCUUUGCUUAUUUUUAUUGUUGCUACUGUUGGGUGUCGUUGUUUGGGCGUGUGUGGUGAUUCCUUAUCUUAUUUGGUGGUAUGGCGUUGAUUUACACACUCCAACUAAUGGGAAAGCCGUGUAUCGCGUUAAGAAUUGGACCAAAAAUCUCAAGUUAUGGGAGUAUUUUGUCAACUACUACCCUAUUCGUGUACACAAAUCUUGCGACUACGAACCAACGUACACGGAGAUAUCGGUGUCCGAUUCAGAUCUGAUUGACCUGGACGAUGAACAGGAUUUGAUUUCUGAAAAACAGAUAACCAGUGUUGACAAGCUAUUCAAAUUCUUAGGUUUAAAAAAGCGAAUUAACGCGAGUGAUAAACGGCGAGGCGUAAUGAAAAAGGUAACGACGGGACCUCGUUACAUAUUUGGAUACCAUCCUCAUGGAGUCAUUUCGAUGGGUGCCAUGGGUUUAUUUGCCACCAAUGCGUUGCGUAAUGAGCCAUGGGAACCACCAAAGUUGUUGAAAAGGCUUUUCAUCGAUACUCUGGAGCACAAGCGAUUACUUCCGGGAAUCAACAACAUCUUUCCGUUGACACUCACCACUCAGUUCACAAUCCCAUUCUAUCGAGACUACCUUCUUUCAUUAGGAUUGACUCUGGCACUGGCGAAGAAUAUCAAAUCUUUGAUAAACAAUGGCGAUAAUUCAGUUUGCAUAGUUGUUGGUGGUGCUCGCGAAUCAUUGCUUAACUCGAUGGUUUCUUCUCACACAAUGGUCGGGAGAGGCUACAAAGGUCCAGAUCCGGCUGAAGAUGAAGAAAAGGAAGACCCAGACAAGAAGCGCCAAAUGAAAUUGGUACUCAAGAACCGUAAAGGUUUUGUUAAGUUGGCUAUUGAGUUGGGAAAUGUUUCUUUAGUCCCUACAUUUGCUUUUGGAGAAGUUGAUAUUUAUAAAAUCACGAAGCCAAGAAAAAAUUCCUGGGGAUACAAAUUUCAGCAAUGGCUCAAACAAAAUUUUCAAUUCACAUUGCCGUUUUUCAGUGCUCGGGGGGUUUUCAUCUAUGAUUUUGGUUUCUUGCCAUACCGUAAUCCCAUCAACAUAUGCAUGGGUCGCCCGAUUCACAUCCCCGCAAAUACCUUAGCUGAAUGGAGAAAGGAACAUCCGAAAGAAGCUGAAGAACUCGUCAAGGAAGAAAAAGAAGAGAAAGAACGUGAUCGUGAGGAGAAGGAGGCUCACAAGGCUCAUGUCAUGCGCUCUACGUCAUUCUCAUCCUUAUUCAAAUUGAAAGAGCCUAAACCUAAACGAUCACUGAUCAAGGAAAAAUUGCCGCAUGAGUUAUUGGAUCACUACCAUGGAUUAUAUGUUAAGGAAUUACAGCGAGUGUAUGAAGAAAACAAGGACAAAUACGGCUAUGGUGAUGUUGAAUUGGUGAUUCAAUAG